UAACAUAUAUGAACAAAGAAGAAACAAACAAGGAACAAGAGUUGCUGCUCGGAUUGAAAAAUGGCCUGGAUUCUACUUUAUCUGUGAAGCUGGUGAAGUGGAAUCAAAGCAUGGAUUGCUGUUCUUGGGAUGGUGUAAGCUGCGAUGCAGGUGGUCAUGUUAUCGAACUACUCAAUCUCCGGUGUGAUUAACAAUUCAAGCAGCCUCUUCGGUCUUCUGUGUCUCCAGAGUCCAAAUUUGGCAUAUAACAGAUUCAACUCCACAAUUCCUUCUGGGCUUGAUGAGCUCGCGGAUUCGAGUUACCUCAAUUUGUCAAAUGCUGGCUUCAGUGGUCAAAUACCUGUAGCGAUUUCACGAAUGACAAGGUUGGUUACUCUUGAUUUAUCUACGCUAAACUUCCCUAGAGACGUUCCAUUGAAGCUUGAAAACCCAAAUCUACGAAUGCUUGCUCAAAAUCUGAGAAAGCUAGAAGAACUUUACGUUGAUGGCGUGAAGGUAUCAGCGCAGGGCAAAAAGUGGUGCCAGGCCAUAUCUGCUUCAUUAAGUGAAUUGCAAGUGUUGUGCAUGUCCAAAUUUGAAGGGCCAAUACCAAAUGUGAUCGGUGAAUUCAAAGCACUCUAUGCUCUGGACUUGUCACACAAUGCUUUCACGGCGGGCGCAAUCCCACCAUCACUAGGAAAGUUGCAACAGCUGGAAUCCUUGGACCUCUCAAGUAAUAACCUGUUUGGCAGUAUUCCUCAACAGCUGGCAAAACUAAAUUUCCUUGCAUUCCUUAACAUCUCAAAAGGUAAUCAGUUUCAGUGGCUUUCAGAUGAUUCAUUUGAUAACAAUGGGGGAUUCUGUGGACCACCUUUAGAGGCAAAAUGUCUAUCCCCAGACAGCCCUCCCCUUCAGAUUCUGAAACUGGGAAGCAGAUCGACCACAGCUGAGACAGGGAGCGAUAUUGAUUGGAAUUUUAUAAGUGCUGAGAUAGGGUUUUUCUUUGGGUUAGGAAUUGUCAUUGCACCCCUUAUCUUUUGGAAGAGAUGGAGGAUAUGGUAGUAUAAGCACAUUGAUCGUGCUCUUUUCAGGCUUUUCCCUCGGCUGGAGAGCUCACCGGAGUCAGAGGAAGAGGCUCCAGCAACGAUGGAAAGGAGCAGGGAAUCAAUGAAAAGAUUUUUAGCUACUUCCUUUGUUGUCUUUUCCUGUUUUUGCGCAAGAGAUGAAGGGUCUUUUGCUUUGGGUUUGAUCAGUAUCAUAAGUUGGACCGUGGCUGAAAUCCCUCAGAUUAUCACCAACUAUAAGCAGAAGUCCGUUGAGGGACUUUCCCUUGGUUUCUUGAUCACUUGGAUUGUUGGGGAUCUUUUCAAUCUUUUCGGUUGUAUUCUUGAACCAGCUACGCUUCCGACGCAAUACUAUAUGGCAGUUUUGUAUGCAAUGACUAGCUCAAUUCUUUCGGCACAGAGUGUGUACUAUGGUCACAUUUAUCCUCGAUUAAAGUUCAAAGGAGUGCGCCACAAGGGCUCCAAAGAGGACCAACCUGAGGCAGUGGAAAGAGUUGGUAAAGAGAUUAACAAUUUUGAUGUGAAACAAGUUGUUGAUGCUGACAGACUAAGUUCUCCUAUUCCUCUUCCAGCAAUAAAUUUAAAGAGUUCUCCGGGCAAAGAAUUUUACUACAUGUCAGCAAGAUCUCUAUCAACUAGUCAUACUCCCACAGAAGGAUGCUUCCUUGCACAAAGAAUGACGACUCCUUUUCAUACAAGAAAUUCAGUUGAAGAGCCAUUGCUCGGUGCACUUGUUUCUACCCAGACUGCCUCUCCUCCAAGCACCAAAACAUUGCUAUGCUUGGUAUCUGUAUUAAUGUUCAUUGCCACAUUUAAUUUCAAGCUCUCAGCAUUUAAUAAACUUCACGUAGAGCCUGAGAUAAUAAAUCAAGGAUUCGUGAUACAAAUAGGAAGAAAGCUUCUCCAGGUAAAUGCUACGUCAUUAGGAGAAAGCGGUAUUGGAGGAGGCAGCAGGGUUGGAACUUUUCUUGGUUGGGCAAUGGCAGCUAUUUACAUGGGUGGACGCCUUCCCCAAAUUUGCUUAAAUAUUAGAAGAGGCAAUGUAGAGGGCCUGAACCCUUUUAUGUUUAUCUUUGCUUUGGUUGGAAACUCCACAUAUGUUGCAAGCAUACUUGUCAAGAGCACAGAUUGGUCAAGAAUCAGACCAAAUUUACCGUGGCUGGUGGAUGCAGCAGGAUGCGUGCUGCUUGAUACUUUUAUACUGAUUCAGUUCAUAUACUUCUGCUAUUGGGCACCUCAAGAUGCAGAGAAUAAGCAUGAAAACUUGAAUGCACCUUAAAUGACGGCAAAAUAGCCUUUUGUUGAAGGGAUUCUUUUCCAAAAGGAAUGAAGUUUUGAAGAUGCUUUCGUGAAGCUGGAGGAUAUGUAGAUGACAUGUGUUAUUUCUUUUAUAUGGGUGAUGAUAAGUCUUCUUAGUAGCAGCCUUUUCCAAAGACCAACCAAACUAAUGCCAAGCCUUGUCUGAUUAAACAGUGCUAAAUCUUGGAUUUGUUCAGUCAGUGGAGAGGGAUGAUAGUUGCUUUUGAUGGUUUGAUGUAUCUUCUUGGCAAAAUUUCUGUAGCCUCUGUUACUGCAUUUUUGCCUUCCUUUACCCAGUCAUAAUUUUGCUUUUAAUUCUCUCCUAGUUGAUCUAGGAGUACAACUUAUCUUUCACAUCUCUCUUUUCCUAAAGGCAGUAGCUCUAAAUACCUUUUAUAGUAAUCCUGUGCAAUUUAAACUUUCAAGUCUAAAAGCCCGCAAAGACUCCAAAUGAAAUUGAGAAAGGAGAGAUGGCAAUACAGAUUCUGUUUAAGCUUCUCUUUCGGU